ACUGUCUUCAUAGGUGAAUUAGUGUUCCAAAGAAAACUGGGGAGAAAAGAAGAUUAGAGAAAAACAAAUGCCUUGCUGAUCUUCAAGAAAGGGAAGAAAAGUGAUCCUGGAAGUUACUACCUAAGAUGGCUGCUGUUUGGAAAAAACUAACUGUCGUGGGAGAUGUUGCCUGUGGCAAGACAUGCCUCCUGCUUGCCUUCUGCAAGGAAGAGUUUCCCAAAUGCUAUGAGCCAACAGUGUUUGAAACCUAUGUCAAUGACACCGAGGUUGAUGGGAAGUCGAUGAAGCUGAUGCUCUUUAAUGUACCAGGGCAGCACCAAGGUAAUUAUCAGCACUUCCGUUCGUUGUUCUAUAAAGGCACAAAUGUCAUUUUAAUGUGCUUCUCAGUGGACAGGCCAAAUUCACUGCAGAACAUCCUUGACAUUUGGAUUCCAGAGGUCAGACUGUUCUGCCCCACAGCUCCCAUUGUUCUGGUGGCUACCAAGAAAGAACUGAGGAACGAUGAGGGUGUGCUGGAAAGACUUGCUAAAUUGGAACAAGAGCCAAUAAAGACGGCAGAAGGAAAGGCCUUGGCUGCUAGCAUUGGGGCAUAUGCCUAUCUGGAGUGCUCUGCAAAGACGAAAGAUGGCAUUGAGAGAGUCUUACAGAUUAUUGGUCAAGCUGCAAUACGAGAUGGAAAGAAGAGAAGAAAGCAUCGGGUGUUCUUCAGAUUGUUCACUUGUGGACAGAAGCAAUGAAGUAAAAAGAAUGCCAGCGAUGCGGCCAACAGUUGAGAGAAAUUUUCUACCUAGGGUGAGAUGGGGACAUCCCACCAGCAGCAGUGGUGAGUCUCCAGAAGCCAGAAUGAGAUGUA